AUGGCCAUGCCUUUCAGUGUCGGUAUCGGAGACGUUAUAGCCACCACCAAACUAAUCAAAGACAUCAUCGACUGUCUGCGAUCUGCUGGUGGAGCAAAGUCUGAAUACCAGGAACUCGUCACCGAGCUCGACGCACUCAAGAUAGCCCUGAACGAUCUGAGUCGACUGAGCAGUAGAGCAACCCCCUCGGCACUCAACGACACAAUCAAAUCCUGCCACGAACGACUUGACGAGUUUUGGGCGAAGAUUAAGCCAUACGAACCAUCGCUAGGCUCAUCAAGCCGGUCGAAUGCGCUGAGAGGUACCAAGGAUAAGCUCCUCUGGACGUUCUGCCGGAAGGAAGAAGUCGUACAACUCCAGAGGAAUAUCCAGUUCUACAGCAGUGUCAUCAACAUGCAUCUGAUACGGCAUGUUGCUGGGGAGAUGCAAGAUAUGAGGAAGGAUACGAAAGCAGUCUGCAGACAGAUCGCUGAGGGAAUUCUUGAUACGCAAAGGACGCUCGCAGAUGUUGGCAAGGAUGUAUCAAGCCUAGGGGUUGUAGCGAGCAACGUUCAGACACUAGUCACUGGUCUGCAUCAGUUCGUAUUCGGCGAGGUUAGAUCAUUCCUAACCAACUUCGGACAGUUGGUGAACAAAGUCUUCGACGUUGACGAGCUCUCCCCCUUCAUGGCUAGUUCGUCCCUUAAUGACCCUGUACGGUUUCCAGACUGCGGUGUCUCCGACAUGGAAGACAGAAGGUCUCGCAUUGACCAUGAGAAGAAGCAAUUGCUCAAGAACGUGAAGAUUGCGCACCUGGACCAGCCAUCUAGAAGCGAGUUCAUGGAAGAUAUUGUACAACCUUCAGAUCGGGAUGUAUCCAACAUCAAAGACAGACGGUCUCGCGGUGUCAAUGAGGAAGGUUUGAGGGAACACUGUAUUCUCGAGGAUCUGAAACAAGCCCACACCUUCCUCAGCACCCAUUAUAUGGCUCAGGCAUAUGAUGACAUUAACCAUAAGCGCGAAGUAGAGAGUUUGGAAACUGCAAGAUUGCACAACUGCACCAGCCGUAUAAGCGCGAGGCGAUACAAAGGCUUGAAGAUACGAGCAAUAGGACGCUGUAUUGCGGGAUACAUGGCUGCAGUGCAAUUUUCAUUGCAAACCAUCGACCAGAGGACAUAG